AUGGCAGAAGGAAAUUCUUUAUACGACGAGAUUGGCUCCGAAAUUAAUGAAGCUCUCCAAAUGUCGGGAAAAUCUUUGGAAGAGCGUUAUAUGCAUUUGGCUAGAGCCGAAGAAAUGAUUUUGAAACAAGACAAUUCCUCAGUUCUUGACAACUUUUUGGAUGAAAUGGUUCAAUUUAUUCAUGAAAGGGAACAGAAAAUUCGCUGUUUUGCUAUUAAUUUUAUUGAAAAGGCUUGUAAAAAAGACCCUGAAGUUUUUAAAAGAGCAAUAGCAACACUUAGUUGGGCAUUGACUGAUCAGUCUGGAGGUGUUAUUAUACAGAAAAAGGCAAUAAAUACUUGUACCCAACUUUAUCCUGUUCUUCUCCGCUGGGCCUCACAAAAACGUUCAACAGAUGAUGAAGCAAAAAAUUGUUGGGAAACAUUUUCGAUGCUUAAAAAUAAAAUAAUGCAAACUGUUGACUCUGAAAAUGAGGGAAUAAAAACUAUGGCCUUUAAAUUUCUUGAAAUGCUCAUAAUUUGUCAAUUACCGAAAACUGAGUUCAGUGAAACUCCAAGAACAUCUAAUCACCAAAUUAGUUUGGACGAAAUUGGACGUGAUUCUUUUAUUUCUUGGCGUCAAUUACAAUCAGAAGCAAUUAAAAGUUUUAAUUCAUUAAUUGAACAUAUGGCCUCUACUCACAUUACUUCACUUAAUUUAGUUACAGCAAUAUCCUCAACUUGUAAUAUAGCAAGGCAAAGACCCGAAAAAAUGGCUGAUGUUGUCAGCGCCUUAGAACAACUUCAUCUAAAUUUACCUCCAACAUUGGGAACCAGUCAAGUUAAAAGUGUGAGAAAAGAACUUAAAAUGCAUUUAUUGAGAAUGAUGAAGCAUCCUGGAAGUUUUACUUUACAUAAUUUACAUGCAAGAAUGAAACAACUUUUGAUAGAAUUGGGCGCAACCCCAUCAGAAAUUCAAAAAGCAAUGCCUGGCCCAAACGAAAUUGAUGCAGCUCUAAAAAGAAGACUUGCAGCUGCAACAGCGGCUAGGAAACUACAACAAAGUGAAUCUGGAACAGACGAGAAGCCAUCUAGAAAAAAGCCUCAUAGCGGUGAAAAGCUGUCAGAUUCGCUUCAAGAUGAGGAUUUGGAUUUGAGGGAUACAAAGAGAUUGAAGUUGGGGGAAGAUGAGGAUUAUGAUGAUGGAACUAUUGAUCUUUAUAGACAAUUGGAUGACCCUGAUUCUGCCAGUGCUGCUACUCAAAAGGCUAUUGACAUAACUACAGAAUUUGUAUUGGAAAGGCUGUCGAUUUCUGUUGUUAGUUAUUUUAAAGAGUUACUUAAAAAAUUGAAAAAAAAAUAUUUUUUUAAUUGGGAUUCUCAAUUUUUAACAAAAUUUCGGCUCUUUUCCUGUUUAUGGGGUUUCCUCUUUUCCUGUUUAUGUUUGCUGCAAGAUACACUCUGUUAA